CCGGCAGCGGGCGAGGACGAAGUGUCGGAACGCGAAAGAGACAGGCAGGAUGCGCUGGACCGUUUGACGGGCAAUGCGACCCCGAGCCACCCGCGUCGCGAGAAGCUGGUCAAGGACAGGUACGCGGACGCGGACGCGGACGAGAGGCCCGAUCGGCGUCUGCCCAGAGAAAGAGAGCCCGAGUAUCCGGCGCGCGCGACCGGAAGCACACCUGUGAGUCGUCGCGCCAGCACAGAACAGAAGCGUCAGUCGCUACAUGAAGCGAAGCCGUCGCGAUCGAGGGAGAGUGCGCAUGAUGUUCCCCCCAUCGACACGACCAACGUGUCCGCGCCAUUCCCCGGGAUUGACGCCCCCGUAUCCGCGGUCAAUGCGCGCGAGCGACAGGUCCUUGUCCAAUACCGGAAAUCAUCCCUGCGCAUUUGUGUCACCCCCGCGACCUCUGCCCAGGACAUUGUCUCCACCGCGCUGGGCCGCAUGGCGGCGGGUGCCGAUCCACAGAAGUUUAUCCUGAUGGAAUCGUUUGCUGAGCUGGGGCUGGAACGGCCGUUGCGCCGAUACGAGUUUGUCCGCGAGGUGAUGAAUUCGUGGGCCCACGACGAGCAGAACUCCCUGAUUGUCGUGCCCGCCGCCAGUCUCGAUGCGCUGUCGCUACUCGACGCCCAGCAGGUGUCCCCGGCGCAACCCGCCGAUGUGACCUUCUACAUGUACUACUCGCAGAAGCCUCGCAAGUGGGACAAGCGCUACAUCACGCUCCGCUCCGACGGCCAGGUGACGGUCUCGAAGAAGGAAAAUACCCAGGAGUCGAAUGUGUGCCACCUCUCCGACUUCGACAUCUACUCCCCCUCCGCCAGCUAUCUGGCCAACAGCGUGAAGCCGCCCAAACGCUUCUGCCAGGCCGUCAAGAGCCAGCAGAAAUCCACCAUGUUCCUCACGACCGAGAACUUCGUCCACUUCUUCUCCACCAACGACCGCGACAUCGCCGAGGGCUGGUACAACGCGAUCCAGACCUGGCGCAGCUGGUACCUGGUGACGAUGCUGGGGGCAGGCCAGUCUCAAUCUGAAGCCACAUCCCCCGACGAGACAUCCGCCCGCGCACCGACCAAGCCACUCUUGAACCCCUUCGAGGAGUCCGGCAGCGAUAGCACCCCCCCGGUUGCCGUGGCCCCGGAGCGCCGACGGUCCACACGAACAAAGGAACUGUUCUCCCGCAAGAAGACCACCCGCGAGCGCGGGCCCCCGCCCACCUCCUUCCCCAAGCUUCUCACCGGUGAAUCCGACCUCACCGGCAGCUCCUCCUCCGACGAGGCGACCUUCUCCGCAUCCGGGCUCCUCGGCCGCACAUACACCAUGCGCCAGCGCGCCAUGAAGGAGCGCGAAGAGGAGGAGAAACGCGCCGAGGAGGCACGCUUCAACCAGGGCCUGAUCGGAACCAUGGGGUCCCGCCGUCCCAGCCGUCCCAGCAGCCGCUCCAACACCAUGACCUCGACGCAGGGCCCCGACCCGACCAUCGUGCGCCGCUCCCAGUCGAUGAAAGCCAAGCCCCUCGUCGACCUCACCCCUGUGUACCAAGAACCCGUGCAACACGCGCGCAAGGGCCGCGGCGUGACCGUGGAAGCCGGCACCCCGCUCAUCGACGCCGCCACCGGCCCUGAGGCGCCCCCCGGCGGAAUCCAGGUCCCGUCCGCGACCACCUGGCGCAGACCGCAGAUUCCCCCGGAGCCGGCUCCCGUGGAGGUCCGCACCCGCAACCGCUCCAACACCGCCCGCAGCAUCUCCCACCAGCACCGCUACCACACCGCCCCCACCACCCCGACCUCCGCCGCCGACGCCCAGCCCCAGGGCCCGGAGCCCUGGCUGCCGAAUAGUCUCCUGGCCCGCGCGCCCACCGUCGUGCCCGGUCCGCCGGUCGGCCAUGGCGUGGCGACGGGCGACCGUAACGCCUCGAAGCCGAUGCUGGAUAUGUCGCCGGAGAAUCCGUUCGCGGAGGGGAGUUUACUACGGGGGUUGUAG